UCCUGAGGAUUUUAUCCUACCCUAAAAAUAUUACAAUAAUUCUGGUAUGACAGAAAAUAUUUUUUUUUAUUAUUAUCAUCACUGUCAUUUUAUUUUUCGUCUUUGAAUAUUUUCGAAAUAAUUCCUGCGCCAAAUAUUUAAAAAGAACACACUUUGUAUUUAAGCCGAAUAAAAUGCGUGAUAUGGUGAUGAUAUGUCCUACCGACACGAAUCGGCAACCAUUGUCCAAGUUCACGAGCCGCAUCAAAGUGGACCCUGCUCCGAGGCUACGUUGCCGAAAUUCUCAUGACGUUGAGGAUCGCGGCGGCCGUGCCGGGACAGCUGACAGCGCAAACACAAGCUGUUGUGCUUAGCGCAGAGUGGCUCGCGACGUGACGUGAUUCUCUUAGCAUGAAGAAGUGUUUUUCCUAUCCUGAAGUAAGUACAGCUCUGUAGUUAGGAUUCUAGAUCUUUCGGGUGUACCUGGGGCCCAUAGUUAGAUUACACUCUUGUGUUGUCGGGUCCUGGCGUGACCCGUGUGAGUUUCGUGUGCGGCUUGGGCAGUUUAACCUCACACAGUCGUUAGUGUUCUAGCUUCCUCAUUGCAUUUAAUGGAUUGUAUUCCAACCAUUUUGUAGCAGGUGAUAGCUGGAAGUGUGUUUGUCGCUCCAUAGUGGAUCUCUUCAUACCAGUUACCAGGCUUGCAGUCGAUACAGGUGCAACACCGUGUAUUAUGUCGAAUUAAAUUAUGCAGCCAACAUCCGCUACCUCUGUAGAAGACAUGCAUUUCAAAAUCAAGGACGAAUUUGUUGAGGAAGUGAUUGAUAUUGAAAGCGAGGCCACCAUUUGGGGAACGCAAGAGGCCUUAACAAGUGAGACGAGAAAUCAGGACAUGGUCUUUCUUGAGGAGGGUUUUACUGUCAUCAAAGAGGAGGUACCAGAAGGAGCAGUUUCCUUACUGGAUUUGUUUCCUGCUUACGCUGCCCCUGCUCAUGCUUCCUACGGAAAAAAUGUCAACCCAAAGCAGCGAGGAAUAGAGCCUGUUGGUUUGUUUAUGGUGAAGAAACUCUUGCAACUAACCGUACCGAAGAAACAUGUGUCUAGUAGGUGGAGUAAACACACUACAGAUUCUAUCUUGAAGUUUCUUAAAAGCUUUGCUACUGUUGCCCAAGGAUGCAGUCGAACCCAUAGUGCUGACAAAAGUUUGGCCCUGAGAGGACCGCGCAUCCUUAAAUGUGAGGAAUGCUUUGUUGAGUUUUCUGGUGUGUAUGAUAAGUACUUGAAACUUUUCAGUCAUUAUAAGAGAGAUCACGGAUCAAAGUGUAACGUGCUCAUUGGUAGGAGGUGGAAUAAACAUAUGACAUCACUUGAUCUUAUGGUUCAAGCAUGGAAAAUGGACCUAAAAUAUGAAUCUGUGGGUUUGACUUAUUAACUUGGUGGCUGCGCAACCUGGAAGCCAGGGAAAUCAUGGAAAAGUGAAAUGAAAUGUAUAAGUGAGGAUAAUGGAUCUUUGGUCUGGGACUGAAUCUCGCUCAAAAUAGUGUUUAUUGAGGUUUCAGUGAAAUUUUUUGGCUGCUUAUGACCAAAAAGUUGAACACAAAGUACCUCAAGUAGUCUGAGAAAUUGCACAGAAAAAAAAAUGGAAAAGUUGUUGAAUUUGAGAACUAAGGUUGCACAGUCACCAUGUAUCCAUUUUUCUUUAAACUUAGGGAAGUAUGUAAGUAGUAUGUAGGAAUUUGCUGUACAUAGUGUUUUUUACAUGAUUUGUUUUGAUUUGUGAAGUUUGUGCCACACAUGAAUUGUCUUAUGUUAACUUUUCCAACAUGCAUGGUUAAACGCGUGCAAAGUGGAUUGCAAAGAAAAAUUAGGCUGCUGUGCAGCCUUGAAAGCAUUUGUAGCAAACGCAAGUACAAUUUGUAAAUGAAAUCUUUGAAUUCUGUUACUAUUUGUUUGUUCCUUCCUGUCAUAGAGUAUAUUAUCUGUUUAUUUGAUUAUUUUUUUUCUAAUGUAUUGUUUGGGAAAGCUAUUUAAUAGUUGAACCCCGUAAUGUAAAUAUUGUACACACAUGUGUAUAACUGGUGGACAGGAUCACUUAUUUUAAAUGAGUUUUUAAGUUGUAUGUAGAUAAAUACAUAUUUGGAAUAAAACAGAAAAUGCUACAAAAUCAAUUGACUCUAAUUUGAAGGAAACUGUUUCACUGCCAUAUCAGCUUAUACUCACUGUAGACAAUAAAUAGAAUCUCUUACUUCAACAUCAAUACAGAGUGUAAUCAAAAUGCUCUGUAUUUGCAAAAGCCUUCGCUGAACAAACAAUUACAGCUCAACAGUAGCCUAUCUAUUCUUAGAAUCAAGUUUGUUUUUCUCAGACCCAAAAGUUCUUUUUUGCAAAACCGAUCAACGUUCCAUACAGAGAAGAGCAAGCAAUGAAAUUUCAGGUUAUUUAGUUCUUCAAGCUAAGUCCAAUUAAAAGCAUACCGAAACAGUAAGUCUUCAAAAGUGAUGGUGUUUAAGCAAUGUAGGAUCAGACAUAGGCUAAGGACAGUAAAUAAAACAUUUGACAUACCACAUUAUACAAGGAAAAGUAAAUAUAAUUUUGAAAAGAGGAUAAAAGCUGAGUACACUAAAGAAAAUACUGUAACUAAGCAAAGAAGAAUAAGAACAAAUGCUAUGUGUCUUUAAGGAAUGACUAGGUGAAAGCUGAGUCAGCUACACAACACAUUGACAAAGAAGUGCUACUUGAGAACACUUGAAAUUAUUACUCAAAUUAUUACAUGUUACAUGAACGAUUAUGUAAACUUUAUUGACCACACACCUGAAGGCACAAAGAUCAGUACAAUGAACGAUAAGAAAUCAUGGCACAAAACAAAAUGAGCAAGUCAUUUCAAAGUAGAAAAAUAUUUAUUCGAUACACAACAAAUGAAACGGACAGAGGAUUGUAAAAAUGCAUAAUGCAUGAAGAGAACUAACAAGUAUUAGAAAAUGACAGUAAUUGGUACAAAAAAAUUACUGAGUCCAAAAAAGUUGUAACAAUGCAACUUGACACUGAAUGCAGUGCAGUCCAGCACAGCCCAGGUACACUGAAGUGAUUCA